GUGAGAUUAUUUUACAUCCCUAUAAUUAUUUUGAAAUGUUGUACUUCAUAUUGCAUUCAGUAGAAAGUGAGUUUUUGUAUGUUUGUUUCUGUAGGCUGUGCUCUCUAUGGUGAUAAACAUGUAGAUAUCACAGGAUACAAAGGUGGUUCAGUGCUGUUACCCUGCUCCUGCUUUAACCUGCACACCAAACCUCAGAUAUUCACCUGGGGGUCCUACAGAACAGGACGUCCGACAGAAGUGUUAAAUGAUGAACGCUACCGUGGCAGACUUCAGCUGUUUAAUCACAAUUCUCCAGGUAAUCUGUCUCUGCUCAUAUCUGACCUGAGAGAAGAGGAUGCGGUAGACUACAGGUGCAGGAUUGAGAAGGAAUACAGAGACAUCAAGCUUCAUGUUAAAGUAGGAAUAAGAGAAACUUCAACACACUCGAGGAAAAAACACACAACACCUCCAUCAGAACCGCCUCAGAGUAAAACAACAAACUCUCCACCUGCAUCAUUCUCAACAACACUGGAACAAGUAGGAAGAAGAGAAACUUCAACACACUCGAAGAAACCAGACACAACAACUCCAUCAGAACCGCCUCAAAGUAAAACAACAAACUCUCCACCUGCAUCAUCCCCAACAACACUGGAACAAGUUUUUUGCGUGAAGAUGUGAAGAUUGGGUCUGAUGUCACUGUAGGUACUACUGUUAUUUACACUUACUACUCUACUGACCCACAUUAACACAGCCGGUGCAGCAGAUCACCACUGGACAGAAAACUGAAUAUAGCAGCAUUAUAACAAACUAAUCCAGAGUAAAUAUAGACACAUUCUCAGAUAUUAUAGAAUAAUGCUGAAAACAUAUAUUAAAUACACUCUAUGGCCAGCACGGGAUUCACAAUAUUGACUUUUUGUGAUUUUUAUACAUUUUACAAUUAAAUAUCAGAUUCAGGCAUAAACAUGUGUGUUACAUUUACUUAUGUUAGCUAAGUGUAUUGUUCUGCAUUCAUUGUUUAUCAUUAAUUGCUGAUGGAUGAUCUCGCUAAUUAUAUUUUGAGUGUACGUGUCAUUUUAUAUCUUAUGUGUACCAUACUUAUAUCAGGUUAAGAAAUGAAAGCUCUAGAAGGCUGUUGUCAUCAUGCUGUUUUGUGUAAGAAGACUGCUAUAGAAGUUCUUGUUUGUGACUUUAUUGACUGGGUAAAAA